GAUGGCUAGAAAGUAUAAAAGCUUCUACACAAGUUAAACACAAAUAAUAUAAAUGAAUUCGGUACAUUUAAAAUGAGGCAAUAUAAUAGGUUUUUAUUUUCUACCAAACAAAUCUAGUGUAAAAUUAAACAUGUAUGAUAAGCCCAUUGACUUCUCUCAACAAUGGUUAGAUAGUGACACUGAAAUAUUUGUCGAAGACGAGGCUCUUCACGUGCAUAAAGCAGUCCUUAUAUUACAGUCUCCAGUUUUUAAAAAAAUGUUGUGCUCAGAGUUUAAAGAAAAGGUUGAUCAAAGAAUUGCUCUGCCAGGGAAAACAAAAGCAAGUGUUGUUGAAAUGCUUAAACAAAUUUAUCCAAACCCACCAAAAUUUAAUGAAAAUAGCGAUAUUGAACCACUGCUAAAACUUGCUCGAGAAUACCAAAUCGAUAUAUUAACGAAAAAAAUUGAAAAAGAAUUGCUUCGUAGACCGACUAAUAUAGAUACCCUUGUGUUAGCUCAAGAAUUCUCAUUAGAUAAACUUGCAGAAAAAUGCAUCUCUACAAUUUCACGAAACAGUUUCAAUACCGCUAAACACCAUCCAAAGUAUAAACUUCUUUCUUCAGAUAACAUUGUUAAAAUUUCCGAAGCUCAUAUAAACUUUUUAUAUACAAAGUUUCAAAUAAAUUGGUCAUAAAUUA